AUGGGCUCUUCUGGCCGUGGUAGCCGACCUCCAGCUAUCAGUCGACAGUCCCAGGGGUGCUGUGAGUAUGGGGAAUUAGAUCAUUGGGCCCGCGACUGUCCCCAUCGCAGGUUAGCCUUAUCCGUUCCACAGGCAGCUAGGCAUAGGCCAGCGCCAGCACCUCCAGCUAGAGGCGGAGGCCAGGGACAGGACCGCAAGGAUGGUCACCAAGGUAUAAGGGGUUGUCCCCGAGGAGGCAGGUUAGGGGGCAGAGCCGAUGCACAGGGUAGUAGAGCACAGGCCCAUUUUUAUGCAGCUUCAGCUAGAGCAGAUGCUGAGACCUCAGACGAUGCUCGUCGAUUGAGUAUGAGCCCAGAGCUAUUGGUUGAGCCGUUUCGUGUUUCACCCCCGGUAGCUUAUGUUAGAGAUGUUAGUAGGGAGGGUCCUACCGUUGAUUCGGUACCUAUUUUUCGAGAGUUUACAGAUGUGUUUCCUCCCGAUCUUCCUGGUCUCCCUCCUGAUCGUGACAUUGACUUUCCUAUUGAAGUAGAGCCGGGCACUAAGCCCAUUUCUAUACCAUCGUACCAUGUGGCCCCCGUAGAGCUCAAGGAGCUCAGUGUUCAGAUUCAGGAUCUCUUAGAUAAGGGGUUCAUUCGGCCUAGUGUAUCGCCUUGGGGUGCCCCAGUCCUCUUCGUGAAGAAGAAGGACAGUACACUGCGAUUGUGCAUCGACUACAAGCAGUUGAACAAGGUGACGGUGAAGAACCGUUACCCAUGCCUAGGAUUGAUGAUCUAUUUGACCAACUUCAGGGUGGCCGUGGUAUUUUCUAAGAUUGAUUUAAGAUCCGGCUAUCAGCAGUUGAGGAUUAGGUCAGCGGACUUCCCUAAAACUACAUUUAGGACUCGUUACAGCCACUAUAAGUUCCUAGUGAUGUCUUUUGGGUUGACUAACGCCACUGCCGUGUUCAUGGACUUGAUGACUAGGGUGUUUAGGCCGUACUUGGAUUCGUUUGUCAUAGUCUUCAUAGAUGACAUUGUAGUAUACUCGCGGAGCUGGGAGGAGCAUGAGCAACAUUUGAGGAUAGUGCUCCAGACUUUGAGAGGCCAGCGACUUUAUGCCAAGUUCUCAAAGUGCGAGUUUUGGCUUGAGUCCGUAGCAUUCUUGGGGCACGUGGUGUCUAAGGAUGGCAUUAUGGUAGAUCCCGCUAAGGUUGAGGCCAUUCGUGAUUGGGCCAGGCUACUACAGGCAUUUUAUGAGAGAUUUUCUACUAUAGCAGCACCUUUGACUCGGUUGACUCGCCAGGAUGUUCCGUUUUGUGAGAGGAGAUUUCUGAGGCAUAAGGAGUUGCUUACCACCGCUCAUAUAUUGAUUCUUCCAUUUGAGGGAAAGGGGUUCACUGUUUAUUGUGAUGCCAUCCGGGCAUUGGUUGGGUUGUGUACUGAUGCAGCAGGGCAGCUUAAGCCGCACGAGCGACUAUGGAACCUCUCUAUUCUCUACCAUCUAGGCAAGGCGAAUGUACUAGCGGAUGCCUUGAGUCGGAAGGCAGUGAGUAUGGGUAGUCUAGCCUUUCUUUCUACUACGGAGCGACCAUUAGCUUUGGACAUCCAGUCCUUAGCUAACUGGAUGAUACGGCUUGAUAUCUCUGAUUCCCGGUGUGUACUAGCUUAUGUGGAUGCUCAGUCAUCUCUGCUGGAUCGCAUUCGUAGCCGUCAGUUUGAGGAUGAGGACGUAGUAGCACUUCGAGAUCGAGUUUUGAGAGGUGACACCGGCCUGGCUACCUUAGAUUUAGAUGGGGUUUUACGAUUUGGUGAUCGACUUUGUGUUCCAAGAGUUGGGGGUUUGAUUCAGAUGAUUCUUACCGAGGCCCAUGAGUACAAAUAUUCUAUUCAUCCAAGCACAACUAAGAUGUAUCGGGACUUGAGACAGCACUACUGGUGGAGCGUCAUGAGGAGAGAUAUUGCGGAUUAUGUAUCGCGUUGCUUGAGUUGUCAGCAGGUUAAGGCCGAGCAUUUGAGGCUUGGUGGCGAGCUUCAGUGA